AUGGAGAUAUGUGACGUCUGGGGGAUUGAUUUCAUGGGACCUUUUUCCCUGUCCUUCUCAAAUCAAUAUAUCUUGGUAGCAGUAGACUAUGUAUCCAAAUGGGUAGAAGCAGUUGCAUUGCCAACAAAUGGCGUGAAGGCCGUAGUUGGGUUCAUGAAGAACGACGAGGGAAAGCACUUUUGCAAUCGCCAGUUUGAGCAGUUGUUGAAUAAAUAUGGCGUUAAACAUCGUGUAGCUACUCCAUAUCAUCCACAGACUAGUGGCCAAGUUAAAGUUUCUAAUCGACAAUUGAAAAGAAUACUUGAGGUUACAAUGAAUUCAUCUCGAAAGGACUGGUCUAAAAAGUUGGAUGACGCUUUGUGGGCUUAUAGGACAGCACUCAAGUUAAACAUGGAUUUGAAAGCCAUCGGUGAAAAGAGAUCGUUGCAACUGAAUGAGUUAGAUGAAUUUCGGAUAGACGCAUAUGAAAACGCAAGGCUCUACAAAGAGCGAACCAAGAAGUGGCAUGACAUGCAUAUUCAGAGGCGAGAGUUUGAAGUGGGGCAGAAAGUGCUAUCGUACAACUCUAGACUCAAGCUCUUCCCGAGAAAAUUAAGGACAGGGUGGUCGGGUCCCUAUACAGUCACUAAGGUGUUACCAUACGGGGCUAUAGAAGUCAGCCAUGAAACUAAGGGUACUUUCACAGUUAACGGGGAAAGGCUGAGACACUACUGGAGUGGUGAUUUCUGUAAGCAAAAGUCCACCGUUCAACUCGGGACACCAGAAUGA